AUGACAUUUGAAGUGGCUGUUGUGGGACUUCCUGGGAAUUCUUAUGCUUUUACGAAUUGCAUCUACGUUCAUCUUGAUGAUUUUAUGUCACUUGUACAUAAAGUACCCAAGGGGAUUGUCACAAAGGAAGAUUUACGUGCCUAUGGACUAAAAGUUUGGCUUAAUCGCAAAUUUAUACUCGCUGUUAAGCCACAUAAGGAAAUUGAACCAGGAACUGUCGCUAUUGGAACCAUGCAACGUAUGUGUCUUGGACUGCCUAUGAAUGAAGUUUGUAAGAUUACUGUCUAUGCACCUUCUAGCUCUUCCAUGAAUGUGAUUUCUACUGUCACAUUUGAAAUUCAGCAAGUUUUGACACGGGCACAGGGCAAUAAUCCACGUGUAGUGGACUGUACUUUACUCAAGGACGUCUUUGAAGCAGAAUAUACCCACCAAGUUUUUGCUGUAGGGCAACUAUUGGCUGUAAAAUGUGAUGGUCUUCCACUGCGUCUUCAGUGCAUUGCCGUCGACACGGUGGAUCGGGACGAUAGAGAUUCCGAUACCUUUGCCCCACGACUGGGCACGUAUCUUCCAGGAGCCAUUGUUGGCUUUACUAAAGCAAAGGACGCCCCUAUUCGUCUUACAAACCAGUCGAGUGGCUCGACACGCUCGGUGUUUAAACCUGACUUUGAUUUUACAAAGCUCGGCAUUGGUGGCUUGGACAAGGAAUUCAACGACAUCUUUCGUCGUGCAUUUGCUUCACGAUUGUUCCCGACAGAGGUCAUUCAGAAGCUCGGUAUUCAGCACGUUCGUGGAAUGCUGCUUUUUGGACCGCCCGGUUGUGGUAAGACGCUAAUUGCACGCAAGAUCUCCCAGGCGAUGACUGCAAAGGAACCGAAAGUGGUUAAUGGACCUGAAAUUCUGGAUAAAUUUGUCGGUGAGUCUGAGCGCAAGAUUCGUGAACUCUUUUCUGAUGCGCGAAAGGACCAGGAGGAGUUUGGAGACGAGAGUGAUGUGCACAUCAUUAUCUUUGAUGAAAUCGAUGCCAUUUGCAAGCAGCGUGGCUCGAGCACUAGUGGCACAGGCAUAGGUGACAGCGUGGUAAACCAGCUGUUGACGCAGAUUGAUGGCGUUGACAGCUUGAACAAUGUUCUGGUGAUCGGAAUGACGAACCGAAAGGAUAUGCUGGAUGAAGCUUUGAUGCGUCCAGGCCGUCUCGAAGUGCAGAUCGAGAUUAACCUGCCUGAUGAAAAAGGACGUGCUCAGAUUUUUAAGAUUCACACAGACCGUGCCCGCGAGAAGGGAGCAUUGCACCGGAAGGUCAUGGCAGACCUUGACAACUGUCUUGAUCCGACCAAGGUCGUUAGCGAUGAUCCUGACUACAAAAACCUUGUCCAGCGCACCAAGAAUUUUUCGGGAGCUGAGAUUGAAGGUUUGGUGCGUGCCGCCACAGCGCAUGCUCUCUCACGCGGAACUGAUGGGCGGACGAUGAACGCCAUCGCUAAUUACAAUCCCGAAAUCUCCAUGGAGGAUUUCGCGCUGGCUCUAGAGGAAGUGAAGCCCAAGUUUGGUGCCCCCAGCGAUCAGCUGGCAUUGUACUAUAAAAACGGACUGAUUCCAUACGGUAGUUCAUUCACUGACGUGCGUGAGGCACUGACCCGUGUAAUCGAUCAAGUCCGCUCGAACGACAAGACACCGUUGAUGUCGGUGCUGCUGCAUGGCGAACGCGGUGCCGGUAAGACUGCGUUGGCCACGUACUGCGCUGUUGCAAGUGAAUUUCCAUUGGUGCGUCUAGUGAAGGCUUCUGAGCUUAUCUCGCGUGCGGAGAGUGGCAAGUGUUCGUUUAUCAACAAUUUAUUUGAGGAAGCGUACCGAUCUCCGCUCAGCAUCAUCAUUCUGGACGAUAUCGAGCGUCUUAUUGACUAUGUUGGUAUGGGCCCUCGUUUUUCCAACUUGGUGCUGCAGGCGCUUAUGGUGCUGGUGUGCAACCCAGUGCCUGUGGCUGGACGGAAGCUUGUGGUGAUCGGCAUCACAUCCAAUUUGACCGCCUUACAGGGCGUCGAGCUAAGUGAUGUCUUUGAUCUGUGCCUCGAAGUACCACAGCUGACGCAAAAGGAUGAACUGGAGAUGGUAUUGACGCACACGGGUCUGCCCGUUGCGAAUGAUCAGAAGGACGAGGUGUUGACGCUGCUGUCGGAUCGUCCAAUUUCGGUCAAGAAACUGUUGCUUGUGACGGAAAUGGCCAAGGAAGAGCUAAAUCGUACUGGUGAGAGUAAAAUCACGGCUCAGCAGCUCAUUGAAUGUGCCUACAGGUUUGUCUAA